CAUUUACAAUUCAAAAGGCAAUAGUUUUAGUUGUCACAUUAAAUACUUUUAAGAAGCACUGUAUACAAUACAACAUGUUCCGAAAUCAGUACGACAGUGAUACCACGGUGUGGAGUCCACAGGGCCGCCUCUUCCAGGUGGAGUACGCCAUGGAGGCGGUGAAGCAGGGAACGGUUACCGUGGGCCUGAAGAGCAAAGACUACGCCGUGCUGGUGGCCUUGUGUCGAGCCUCGUCGGAUGUCGAUUCAAUUCAAAGGAAAAUCAUGUCGGUGGACGCUCACCUGGGCAUAGCCAUAUCGGGUUUGACGGCCGAUGCCCGCCAGUUGUGCCAUUACCUACGCAGCGAGUGCAUGGCCUACCGGCACUCGUACGACACAGAGUACCCAGUGCGACGCUUCGUGGAAUCGUUGGGCAACAAGAUGCAGGCCACCACCCAGAGCUACAAUCGUCGGCCCUACGGGGUGGGAAUGCUGGUGGCGGGCUACGAUGUCAAGGGCGCCCACAUUUACCAGGUGAUGCCCUCGGCCACAGUGCUCAACUGCAAAUCGAUGGCCAUUGGGGCUCGCUCCCAGAGCGCACGCACCUAUCUAGAGCGAAACCUGGGCAACUUUGAGAACUGCGACAUGGACGAACUGAUUUGUCAUGGGAUUCAGGCCAUACGUGGCUCGCUGGGCACUGAAGACCAGCAGGAUCUCACGAUCAAUGCGGCUGUUGUGGGCAAGGACAGGCCGUUCAAAGUGCUAACCGACAGCGAUAACCAGCGUUGUCUUAUGCAGGCCAAGGGCAUGGGACAACCUUCGUUUAUUGAUGCUUUCUCCGAAAAGGGGAUGAGCGAUGAUGAUGAACAGGGACCCAGUGGCAGUGGAGUGCCCAGAGAUAUCGAAUCAGAUGAUAUUGGCCCCAGUGAAUCCACAACAGGACCUUAGUGGAGAGUGUUUCAUCCAAAUUUAUAUUUAAAUUUGAUUGUAUUAGCUUGAAAAAUACAAAAUUUUAUUAAUUAGUUAGAAAUAAAUUCGUCAGGCAAUA